CACGGAUCCUCGUCGCGGGGUCCGGCGAGGCCGCACUACGCCUGCGCGGCCGCGAUGACCCGGAUGUUGUCGGCCAGGAAAGAUUUCCUCCUGGCGAAUGGGCGGGAAGCUUAGGGCAGCUCCCAUAGAGAAGAAAAGGGUAGAGAGAUUUGUUAGCAUUCCUAAACUGAUAAAUGCCGGGAGAAAUGUCAACAGCCACUUAGAUGUGCAGAUGAUACCAGACUAAUGGCAGAAAGGGAAGAGGAGCUAAAAAGCCCCUUGAUGUGGGUGAAGGAGGAGAGUGCAAAAGUUGGCUUGAAACUCAACAUAACUAAGAUCAUGGCAUGCAGCCCUCUCAAUUCCUGGCAAAUAGACGGGGAAGAAAUGGAGGUAGUGACAGAUUUUAUUUUCCUGGGCUCCAAUUUCACUGCAGAUGGGGACUGCACCCAAGAAAUUAAAAGACGCUUGCUCCUGGGGAAGAAAGCCAUGGCAAAUCUAGACAGCGUACUAAAAAGCAGAGACAUCACCCUGCCAACAAAAGUGUGCAUAGUCCAGGCGAUGGUGUUCCCAGUUGCAAUGGAUGGCUGUGAAAGUUGGACCAUAAGAAAGGCUGAGAACCAAAGAAUGGAGGCCUUUGAACUCUGGUGCUGGAGAAGACUCCUGCGAAUCCCUUGGACUGCAAGGCCAUCCAACCGGUCAGUCCUAGAGGAGAUCAACCCUGACUGCUCCUUAGAAGGCCAGAUCCUGAAGAUGAAACUCAAAUCCUUUGGCCACCUAAUGAGAAGGAAGGACUCACUGGAGAACAGCCUAAUGCUGGGAAGGAUGGAGGGCAAAAGAAGAAGAAGUGGACGGCAGAGAACAAGACAGCUGGAUGGAGUCACUGAAGCAGUCGGUGUGAGCUUCAAUGGACUCCAGAGGAUGGUAGAGGACAGGAAGGCCUGGAGGAACGUUGUCCAUGGGAUCGCAAUGGGUCGGACACAACUUCGCAACUAACAACAGCAACAACAAGCUCAUAAACAAACUGGAGACUACCUCCAGAUAAGAAAAUUUGUUAGUACAACUUGGGGUGUGGCUUAUCUCUUUUGUGAACUCUAAACAACCUUUUCCCUAAGAAUUACAUCCCUUCUGAUGUCAGACCUCAUUUUAAUGAACAUGUGUGAUACUACGCGAUACAAAUACAUAAUACGUUUGAUCACAUGUAACUGAUUUCCUAUGCAAAAGGGAAAGUUACUUUUAUUCUGUCCAAUCAACUUUCCUCUUGGAUUUUGUUGUGUUAACUAAA